UUUAAAAAAGAAAAAAUUUUAAACGAAUUAAAAAUAAAAGCCUAAAUCUAUGGUGAACAGCCUUGAACUGAACCAGCAAACCCAACGCCGGUGGGUAACAGCUCAUCGCCUUCAACCUUUCUCGGACCUCGGUUGCCGCCUUGCUCAUCGGAAAACGCCUCGUCACCGGCCACUGUUUCGAUUUAACAAUCUUUCAAUGUAAUAGAAGCUUAGCCAUCACUGACUUGUGCUAAUAUGGGCCAUAUAUGAGGUUAUGGUUGCCUGGCUAUGAGUUGAUGCCACCGUACUGGGCCACAUUCGAACAACUCGGUACACCUGGCCUCAUUCUUGCCAAAACUUAUCCAACUUCAUUCGGAAACAAUCUCGUAAGAUUUUACCUCAUUGUUUUGUUCAACCUCAACUCUUGCAAAGACACUAAAUUCCCCCACAAAGCAAUGCCAAUUGCUUCUCUCUCUAGAUUGAUUUCACUUUCAAUUCACACUAAACAAAGCAAAAUUUUCAAUCUUCAAUUCAGAUCGGUCUCCUCUGCCGACAAAUUUUUCACUCUUUUAGAGAAAAACCAAAGCAAUAUAGAGAAAACCUUAGCUUUAGUCAAUGCCAAAUUGGACCCAAACUGUGUUUGUGAGGUGUUAAAAAGAUGUUCUUUUGAUAUAUCUCUAUCUCAAAUAGGUUUAAGGUUUUUCAUAUGGGCAGGUCUUCAAUCAAAUUGUAGGUAUAGUUCUUAUAUGUACAACAAAGCUGCUGGAUUUUUGAAAAUUAAGCAAAACCCAUUUCUUGUUUUGGAUGUUAUCAAAGCUUACAGGAUGGAAAAGUGUUCAGUUAACCUUAAAAUGUUUAAGGUUGUUUUGAAUUUGUGUAAAGAAGCUAACAUUGCCGAUGAAGCUUUGUUGCUAUUGAGGAAAAUGCCUGAAUUUAAUUUACGUCCGGAUACUACUGCUUAUAAUGUGGUUAUCAGGCUGCUUUGUGAGAAAGGGGAUAUGGAUAUGGCUCAUAAAUUGAUGAAAGAGAUUGGCUUGAUUGAUCUUUAUCCCGAUAUGAUGACUUAUUUUGCAAUGAUCAAGGGGUUCUGUAAUGCUGGUAGAUUGGAGGAGGCUUGUGAGUUGUUUCAGGCUAUGAAGGGGCAAGGGUUUUCUCCAAAUGCUGUGACUUAUUCCGUGCUUCUCGAGGGUAUUUGUAAGUACAGGAGUACGGAAAAGGCAUUGGAAUUAUUAGGGGAGAUGGAGAAAGCAGGUGGGAAUUGUAGUCCAAAUGUAAUCACAUAUACAUCUGUGAUUAAAAGCUUUUGUGAGAAGGGUCAAACAAUAGAGGCAUUGAGGAUUUUGGAUAGAAUGGAAGCUUGCCAGUGUGUUCCUAACCGUAUAACUGUUAUUACUUUGAUCACGGGUCUUUGCACCGAGGGACAUGUCGAAGAAGCAUAUAAGUUGAUCGAUAGAGUUGCCGGACGUGGUGUUUCCAAUAGUGAUUGCUACAGUUCUCUUGUAUUGGCUUUGAUUAGGAUUAAUAGACUCAAUGAGGUAGAGAAGCUCUUUAGGAAAAUGUUAGUAAGUGGGGCUAAACCUAGUGGCAUUGCUUGUAGUACCAUGAUUAGGGAGAUCUGUCAUGAGGGACGAGUGCUAGAUGGUUUUUGCUUAUACAAUGAAAUCGAGCGGAUUCAAUACAUUUCAUCCAUCGACACUGACAUCUAUUCUAUUCUUUUGGUUGGCUUGUGUCGGCAAAGCCAUUCAGUUGAAGCUGUGAAGCUUGCUAGGUUAAUGCUUAGAAGAAGGAUUCACUUAGAAGCUCCGUAUGUCGACGAAAUCGUCGAACAUUUGAAAAACUCUACAGAUAAGGAGCUAGUUACUCAACUCAGUAGAAUUGCAAGUUGAUAUUCUUGAACAACUAUUUAUUGUACUGUAAGAUUCUUUCCAGGGUUUUAUAAUAAUCAAAUUAAAUUACUGUUUUUGUUA